GACACAUCGCUCCGUGGCCUCUGCUGCAGGACGCAAAAAACCAACUGCUGCAGGACGUGCACACGAUUAGCUCGCGUCAAUCGUUCCAAGUUAUUUUAUCCAUAUAAGCCCAUGUGAAUGUCCGCGAUACCUUGAAUAAAUGCGGAUUCGUCGCAGCAGUGCUAUAGUGUAGUUAUUUCAUGCCGCGACGGCGUACCGUCCCGUCAAUUUCAGCGUACACAAACAAAGUCAGUGUAUAUAUAUAUUUGAAAAUCUGGGUCGUUAUAGCGGCUGCAACGAGAUAAUUGUUGAAUCGGUGCAUCGAUCAAGUGCUUUGUUUAAGUGUUGAUAACUACGAUUAACAACGACAUGGACGAUCUCGAUGCCUUACUGGCCGACUUGCAGAACACGGUUUCGACGGACUCGGCGCUGCUGAACAACAGCGGAAGUACACCCGGCUAUGGCUCGAUCAACGGCACGCGCCAGCAGCAUCAGCAUCAGCAGCGAGAGCAGCAGCACCUGCACAACAAUGCGUCGCCGUCUUCCUACAAGACGUACGAGAACUGCGCCACUCCCCCGCCCAUGUCUUCGCAGUCGCCGACCUAUCAGAAUCGGGAAGCGAUCGAGGAGGCGAGGAUAAGCGUCAACAAUGCCGCCGGCCACGGUCGGCACUAUCCGCAUCCCAGCGGAGCAGCGUCGUCUUCGACCGGGUCCAGCUCGAAAAUGCCGUCGCUCAACAACAACCUCACCGAGUUGGACACGCUUCUGCAAGACCUGAGCAACGCCCGCUACAAUUCGUAUCCCCAAGAACGAGACGUGAGAGAUGGCGUGACAAAUGGUGUUCGUCGCAGUCCAAUGCUGCGCUCGACGAGUAGCCUGUCACCGAGUGGACCGACGGUCGACAGUUUGCUGGAAGAGUUAGCCACAGGAAUGCCGAAUGGGGAUUACUCGAACGGCGGACAGCGCAUGAAGGUCACCAUUCAGGAGACGUCGAUGGACCUGCAGCCCACGGGGCCAAUGGACGGCUAUUAUCCGCCGAGUCAUCAGGGCUCGCUGAGCAGACGAGGAAGCGAGCAGCAGCACGGCUACAGCAACGGCCACCACACGGCCAGCAACGCCACCAGAGAGCUCGACGACCUAAUGGCUUCCUUAUCGGAAUUCAAGAUGAACCAGCAGCCACCACCACCAACGACUUCGCUUCAGCAACGGAGUAGUGAAUCUAGCGGAGGUAUAAGACAUCAGCAGUCGCACACGAGCAACAGUUGCGGUAGCAGUCCGCUGCCUGGAAACGAACAGACGACCACGACAACGUGCAGCCGAGUUUACGUACAAGAGACCCGACAGCAGGGCCAUCCUCAGUAUAUACCGGCACACUACGAGAGCAAUCAUCUAGUACAUCAGCAGCAGCAGCAGCAACAGCAGCAGCAGCAACAGUAUUAUCAACGAAAUCAGUUGGAUUCUAUGCUUGGUAAUCUCCAAGCAGACAUGAGUCGCCAAGGUGUAAACACGACCCAAAAGGGAUGCUGCAGCGCUUGCGAGAAGCCGAUCGUCGGACAGGUAAUCACGGCUCUGGGUAAGACAUGGCAUCCGGAGCACUUCACCUGCACCCACUGCCGCGAGGAGCUGGGAACCCGGAAUUUCUUCGAGCGCGAGGGUAAACCCUACUGCGAGAACGACUAUCACAAUCUGUUCUCGCCCAGGUGCGCGUACUGCAACGGACCCAUCCUCGACAAAUGCGUCACCGCACUGGAGAAGACAUGGCACACCGAGCACUUCUUCUGCGCUCAAUGCGGCAAACAAUUCGGCGAGGAGGGCUUCCAUGAGCGCGACGGCAAGCCCUACUGCCGCGACGACUACUUCGACAUGUUCGCCCCCAAGUGCGGGGGCUGCAAUCGUGCCAUCAUGGAGAACUACAUAUCCGCCCUCAACAGUCAAUGGCAUCCAGAAUGCUUCGUAUGCAGGGAUUGUCGGCAAAAGUUUCAAGGUGGCUCAUUUUUCGACCACGAGGGCCAGCCGUACUGUGAGACGCAUUACCACGCAAAGCGCGGCUCUCUGUGCGCCGGCUGUCACAAGCCCAUAACCGGUCGCUGCAUAACCGCCAUGUUCCGCAAAUUUCAUCCAGAGCACUUCGUCUGCGCGUUCUGCUUGAAGCAGCUGAACAAGGGCACGUUCAAGGAACAAAACGACAAGCCCUACUGCCACGGCUGCUUCGACAAACUCUUCGGCUGAGCUUGACAAGUUCGUGCAAUGACGAUGAUUACCCACGUCCACACACGCUCGAAUGACGUUCGCUCAGGUCGCCGCAACAGCAGCAGUGGCUUAUUUCUAUUGCGACUACCAGAGCGUGAUAAUACAAAGUUAAAGUUUUGUAACGAGCGCCCUGAUAGUUACAUUGUUAUCGAUUUGUUUUCGCGUUUUUAUUCACAUUGUCGAUCGCGGAAUCUUCAAUCGUUGCGCGGCAAAUGAAAUGUAUUCUGUUCUUUUGUUUUAAUGGUGCAUUCGAUCGUUGUUGAUUACUUGAAGCAAAAAGGAUUGUAUUUAUACACUCACAUCUAGUUUUUCACGAAGAAGCUUUGAGUAUAGUGCCAAAUGAUAUAAUACAUUUUAACAGAGAUUAGCGGUGUAUUAUUUAUUUUUACAUUGCUCUGUCAAGCCAUCCACUUCAUAUAAAUUUCAGUUAGAUUAAACGACGACUUUAUACGAGUUAUAUUGUCUGUACGCGAUUCUAUACAUACAUUUCAACCGUACUAUACACGAAAAUUAUAAUUAUAAUCAAUAUUGUUAGGUAUGUAGCGAAGAUGUACGAACGAUUGUUUAUAUGAUGCAUUAGAAGAAGUAAAAACAACGAAUUAUAUUAUUUUCAAGUGGUGCUGAAGGCAACCACUCCAUGUCUUUAGUUUUUUUCGAUCGAUAAAAUUACCUGUAUUAUAGUCAGAGUAGCUGUUUUUCUCUAUUUUUAACUAAUUUGUUAUACAAUUAAUGGUCAUAAUGGCUUAAAAUCGCUUGAUAUUAGAUUGCAUCGAUUUUUUUUCACAAAACAUGAUUUCGUAACCGGACGAUAUAUUUUAUUAUAUGUGUAAGAAAACCUGUAAUUUUAAUCAUGUUAGUUAUUAUGUAUAGACAGUUGAAGAAUUUUCAACAUUUUUAAAGCUCAGAGAAUUUGAUAUUACCUAUAAAUAUACCAAUUUUUCCGAUGCAUUUAUGUUUUUUGGUGUAUUCAAAAGUAACAAUUUGUGUAAAUCGUUCAAUUAUUUUUUAGUUUGUAAGCUUUUAAUGUGUAAAAGGUGCUAACCAAAGCUCGAUUAUUAUUUAUAAUUGGUCAAACAUUAUGUAUUUUUCAAAAAAUAACUUUCUUCGUCAGUUCUUUUAGCAA